GGCCCUUUAAAUUCCAUGUUCUUCACCAAUUCUUUAAAACUUCAACUUCACCCCAUCAAAAACCCACUCUAAGGAAUCUUCUUCAAUUUUUGUAGUCUUCUUCUUCUUUCCAACCUUUUUAAUCUCUUUCCUACUCAUCUUCAAUCCUUACAAAAAAUCAGGAAUCAUGGAUGUCCGAGUCGGGCUCGUAGUUCUUUUAGUUUUGGCUGGUAAUUUGGUGUGUGAUGCUAGAAGUUUGGCGGCUUCGGAUGAUUCAGGUUUGGAAAUUGCCGGACCUAUUGAUGUCUGCACUAUGUGUGAAGAGUAUACCACAUUGGCUCUUGACUACCUUAACCAAAACAAGACCCGUAACGAGAUUAUGGAGUCCCUUCACAAGGCCUGCUUACAAAUGCAUGGUUUGGCGAAGCAGUGUACAUUGUUGGUGAACUACUAUGCUCCUCUUUUCUUCUUAGAGGUUUCAUCAGUUGAACCUGAAGGAUUUUGCAAGAAAAUUGAUCUCUGUAGAAAUGUUGUGGUGUCCUCCGUUCCUGAAAAGAAAAAUAAAUGCGAUCUUUGCCACAGAGCUGUUGAUGAAGCUCUUGACAAGCUUAAAGACCCCGACACUGAGCUAGAGGUAAUUCAGAUCCUACUGAAGGCUUGUAAUGCUGUAGGACGUUACACAAAGAAGUGUAAAUCCAUGGUGUUCGAGUUUGGACCUCUUAUCCUUGUUGACGCACAGAAGUUUAUUGCAAAAGUCGACCUCUGCUCCACAUUCCAUGCUUGCAGUAAGCACAACAACGCUGAGACAGAACAAGAGACAGUUGAGGGGAAAAUCGAAAUGGUGACUUCAUCUUAAAUAUCGUAAUGUCAUGUUGUAUAAUAUCCCUCUAAACAAAGUGAGUUUCAUUCUACGCGUUUCAUUCUACGCAAACAUGCUUAUGGUAUGUAUUUUUUGUGGCCAGAAAGACCGUCAUAUUCUAUUGUACAGAAGCACUCACCAAUGUGCUAAUAAUACUUUAUAAUCUUGAAACUAUGUUUGGAAUAUCCAGUUCUUCAUUUUCUCAA